CACAUGCAGAGUCAUCUCCUUGAGGCGUGAACACAGUCGUGCUAGAACGACGGUCUACUUCACGUCUUAUGCAUAAAUACCCUUAGAACUGCAACUCGCAAUGCUUAAUCUACUGCCCGCUACUCUUCGCUUCUUGCUUGGCUCAAUACUUUGGCUCGACUUCUCUCAGCCACCUGCUGUCCUGCCAGCCCGGACCCCGCUGUCCUUCCAGCUGCGGCACGAGCAUGCUCUAACUAAUGACUCUAGGGUGAUCUUCUCCAACGUGGAUCCAUCAUUCGCCGCAGAUUCGUUUGUUAUGAGUACAUCGAAUAUCCAAACGCACAAACCGCAAUCGGCGAAGGCAUUUCAUAGCGCUCGACUACGCUCUAUCAGAUAUGACCAAAGCGAACAGGUAUUGUGGGAUACAGCCGACAUCCUCGGACCAGACGUUGAGGAGAGAGAGACGCUGCUUACACUUGCGAAAAUGACCUCUAAUGCAUAUACGUCAUCCACGGCGUCAGAUUGGUACACACCGGAGGGCUGGAAUAAGUCCAUACCGUUUGGUUGGGAACCUGAUGCAGAUGGCAUUCGAGGGCAUAUCUUUGUCUCGGACGACAACUCAACAGUGGUGCUUUCGAUCAAGGGUACUUCCGCUGGCUGGAUUACAGGUGGUGGUGGCCCAACUGUACGAAGGGAUAAGCUAAACGAUAACCUUUUGUUUUCUUGCUGUUGUGCAAGAGUUGGUCCGAGUUGGUCAACGGUUUGCGAUUGCCACCAGGGUGGCUCUAAAUGUGACCAGGAAUGUCUGGAGAGGAGUUUGAUGGGGGAGAGCUUAUAUUAUUCUGUUGGAGUGAAUUUAUAUAAUAACGUCACAUAUUUGUAUCCUCAUGCCAAUAUCUGGCUCAUAGGGCAUUCUCUCGGUGGUUCCCUCGCCUCGCUUAUCGGUGUAACAUUUGGAGCGCCUGUUGUCGCAUUUGAAGCGCCCUCUGAGAAAUUAGCUGCGACGCGUUUGCACCUACCUUCUCCAGUGAGUGCAAGUCUUCGUCAUAACCAUUCUCAGAUACCGAUCUCUCGGAUGACAAUACAGCCCUCGACACAACACAUUACCCACGUCUUCCACACAGCUGACCCUAUCCCAAUGGGCACCUGUACCGGUAUGACUUCGUCUUGUGGCCUUGCAGGCUAUGCUAUGGAGACACGCUGCCAUUUGGGAAAGGUCAUCCGCUACGAUACCGUCACGCACCUCGGAUGGUCUGUUGACGUACGGACGCACUCGAUCGUUCAAAUCAUCGAUAGGUUGUUGAGUGAGGAUUGGACUCAGGAAGGACAGGAUGGCAGGACGGUGCCUGAGGCGAAGGCGGAUGAUGAAGACUGUGUUGAUUGCUUUAACUGGGAGUUUGGCAGCUUCAAGGGCCUGACUUAAUCUCGGUCAUGGAAGCGGGAAACUUACAAUUACAAUUCGUAUAUGACGUAUGACUAAUUUGAGCUUGGGCUACAUAGAACGUUCUGAACAGCCUGACACUUUGACAGAAGCCGUAGAUCCCCGACACCCUAGUUGGGUGUUACGCAACCAUGCCC